AUUCCGCCCUUCAUACAAAAUAUUAUUUGAUGAUGUAGCUGCGGGAUACUAGGAUAAGGAUUUACAGUGUAAGUCGUGUUAGUACUCUGUAGUUGUAAACUAGUGAACCUUUUAUUUUGAAAAUCAAAAUUAAUUGAACAAAUGAAAUUAAAAUUUUGCUAGGCCUAGGCAUCUUCGGUCAAUCAGAGGAAUAACAUUUGAACUCGUGCGAGACCCGGCCUGUCAAAAGGUCGAGGUCUGAAGUGCAGCGAACGAACUGCAGAAGAUGCGAAGGUGACAACAACCACAUGCACCAGAGGACAACAGCGAAGGAGUUGUGGUCUCGUGCUCGUCAAGUUGCAGCAGUGCAGCCGCUAGUUUGCAAGCCAUUAGUGCAAUGCACUCCGACACGAGAAAAUGAAGCUUAAAAGAAUACUUCUGAGGUACCAUCCUCCAGGGAUCGGUCUCGAGUGCAUACCAGAAGGAGAUGGGGUACAACUUCACGUGUGGAAGUAGAUGCUGCUUUUUAAAUGAUACCACAGCUUUCUAUUUCUUGAAAUAUCUCUUGAAGACCGCCUUCACACGACAUUUUCCAUGAUCCCAAUAAAGAGUCGACCAUUCUGCGCGGCUUACCUUCUCGUUCUCUUCUAUUCAUGAUGAAUACCAGCACUGUUCCAAGCACUUUGACUUUGUACUUCCAAUGAAUUCCACUCGACAACUCCAGGAAGUGGAAGUCAUCCACAAAGACUUGCCGCCAGCAGAGCAGGUUGCGAGUCUCGAAGCGAUCCAAGGCUUGGUUAUCAACUUGCUUGACGAGGAAACACUACUGCAAAAGAAGAAGCACGAGAAAAGUUUGACGCAGUUGCUUGGCCGAUUGUAUCAAAUCGAUACGGAUUUAUGGCAAUCUGAACAAGAAGAAAGAGUCGUCACACUACUUACUCGAUUUUCUUUUGAAUGAUUAAGAUUGCGAUCGCUUAACUUUCUACUUAGCAGUAAACUACUCAACUCGUUGUACCCGUAGUUGUUCUCAUCUAAUCAUCGCAGCAGUCAACGAAGGUAGUAGCGCUGAAGCUGGCGCGACAUAUCAAGAGGGCCAGAAAGUCGCUUGUGUGGGUUUUAGUGGCAGCAAUGCGACGUACAAUGGGGCCGUCGGGACGGUUACUAGGGUAUAUAGAUACCAAGCACAACUUCAGUUAUAACUAGUAGUUAAAAUUGUAUGACACGACAUCAAGAAACACAAUGAUUUCUUCUUCAAAUAGAUGAUCAAGAUGAACCUGUUUUAUCCGAUGAAGCAGAGAAGCUGAAGUAUUUUGCCAAUAGCAGCUGAGAGAAAGUGAAAGACCUGAAGAAAACGAAAACAAACCACAUCAGGUCUUCGACGAAAAGAAAACCAAAUACGAAGUGACCUUCGAUAACGGUACAGUGGUGAAGGUCAAAGAGAAUCACAUCCUACACGUCAUGAACGACGGUUAUCCCUUUAGGCCAGGGCUUUUGCCAACUGGUGUGCGCGUAGUGAUCACAGGCUUGAGGAAUCAUGGGACACUGAAUGUUAUGUUCUUGAUGUAGCUGCUACUGCUUUUUCCAUUAUUUAAUAAAUUGUUCUUGAACUACUACUCCUUGACAACUUUAACAUAACAUAACACAACAUAACAUAACAUCGCUCUUGGACUCCUUGGCUUGUCGUAAGACUCUACAUGAACAAGGCAAGCGCUCUUCUUUCAUCAUCUGCUACUCAUUCUCGGCUGAAAGCUACCUAACACUAACCGCAACCAAAUCCAGACCAACCCUUCUAAUCCUCGCACAGUGGGUAGAGUAGUGGAUUUCGCGGAGUCAACGUCCAGGUAUGAGGUACGCGCAGUAGAGACUGGGCAACUAUUUCGAGUAAAACCGGAUAACAUAUUAGUAGCCCUGAUGCCAGACGAAGAUAUUCCGCAAGAAUUAGCGCAGAGGCUUCAGGUACGAGUGUCGAACAUGCUGUGGACAAACCACUUAGUACCACGGUUUUUAUUGGACUAAUCUAAAUCUUCUUCCUCAUCUAGUAAUCCGUUCUUCUCUAUCUUUCGAAAGCAACUUUACCUUAAUCCAACACGAAAAGGACCUAAUAUACCUCUACUCUCAGGAGCUUGGACCUAGCGUUGAUCCCACGUCGUAUAAGCAGACUGACAAGCCUGAGCUAACAAUACCUGUAGGAGCUGUGGUUGAACUCGUAAAUUUGAGGAACGCCGGAUGGCUCAACGGCCAGUUGGCGGAAGUACUUCUACACUGUGCCAUGUCUUGUUCUUGAAUUUUUUAGUGAAAAUUUCUCAUUGUACAACUGGUUGUAUCGGUAUCCACCAUAGUUAGUAAUUGACCGAUGGUACCUCAUCAUCAUGAUCAUCAUCAUGUCAGCAUCAUCAUCAAUCAUAAGCGUAAGAUUAACUAAUCCACUAUCAUCUAGAAAAACUGCAUCAUUCAGGUCCUCAGCGUCGAUUAUGACCGCCGUCGCUACGAGAUCCGGUUAAACGCGGAUGAUAGUAUCAAAAAAGUGAAGGCGGAAAACGUCGUCCAGAAAACCGUGGAAAUGGAUCCGAGUCGUAUUGUCACAAAAGGCGCCCGCAUUGAGUUGUGCAAUUUGAAGACUGCAGCAGCCUUAAAUGGGGAACGAGCAGUCGUGAUACUGCGAGACGGCGAUCGCUACGAUUAAGGCUAUAAGAAAUCUCCCAUCUUCACAACUACAGGCAUCUUGUUGGUCCCGUUUUCUUUAUAGGGAGUAAACAGGACGAGGACCCAAGAAGAUGCUGUUGAAGAUGGGCGAUUUCUUCUAUCUCUAAUAUGAAAUUCGGCUUGAACUUGACGGGUCAACGAAGCAAGUCAAGCGCGACAACUUCAAAGUCAUCGGACAGCCGAUGCAAUAGGACGAAUAAGGCAGCUCGAUAAGACGACCACAAUUUUUUCUCAAGAUCAAACUUGUAUUGAAAUACCGUAGGAAAAACACCAUUAACAAGAUUAAGAAUUAUGUUUCUGAUACCCAAACGAACUUCUAUUUCAUCUAAUUUUCAUCAAGCUCAAGACAACAACGAUGUUGUUGUUUUGAUCUCUCAGUUGUAGUAAAUACCUUGAACCUCAAUACCAAUUAUACCAGCGCCAGCUUGGUGCUAACGUUUCUAUUUUGAGUUUUCGUUUUCACACUAGUAAGUUGUAGUAACUGCCUAUCGAAUAGAUGAGUUAGAAAAGUCCGCAUCUACUUCUUGUAGGUAAGUUUUAACCUUCCGUAGUCUUUAUCAUGAACCAGAUCACAGCUAGUUUUUGUUUCUUCAAAUUCAAUUCAGAACCUGCAGAAAGAUGAGGAUAUAGCAUCAUGAGGAGGAGCUAUAGACUCAACAACAAGUAGACAGACAAAAUAAGUGGACGCUCGCUCUCUUCGUCCUGUUGUUUCUGAACAAAAAUUUUGCAUGUUAGUUUCUGUUUCUCAAAUUUGUUGUAAGGACGCACUACAUCUACAGGAGGUACUUACCAAAGGGUAAGCUAGUAAGGUUUAUAUCACGAUGAAGAAGUUGUACUUCCCAGUCUGACGAGUCGACUCUAUAUCACGACAGACUCUGAGUCUGAGUCUCAUCGC